AUGGAUAGCCAAAGCAACUCUAUCAAUACAACUGGUAGCAGUGGUGACAAUCAUGAUGCGGAUCCAGUAACAACAACCACAGUAGAUCUUCCUCCUAAUAACUUGCUUACUGUCCAUCCUGCCUCCAACAACUCAAUCAGUUCAUGCUCCAGUCCCUCUUCUUCUACUCAUCUCAUGGAAAGAUCAAAGGAAGUUGACGAUGACAUUGAUUCCUCAAGCUCCUUCACACCUGCCAAUUUGACCACUGACAAUGUCGACUCCACUGUGGAGAAACAUGCUCAAUUUGCUGGAUCUCCCACUAAUGUCGUUGAUAUUAUUUAUGUUCCUUCGACCUCGACUGGACACUCUGGUCACCACAAUAAUAAGGGAGAUAAUAAGAGUCAAGUGUCAUCGGUUGGAGGGAAAUCUCCUUCAAGAACGACACAUUCUCAAUCCAAAGCCAAUGGAGAGGGAUUUAAACUCUAUACAUGUUGUGGAGUGAUUGAAUUUUCAUGGAUCAAGACUUUGAAUAUCAUGUCCUUGUUUUUGAAUUUGGUCGCCUUUUUAGCAUUGGCUGCAUUGAUCAUUGCUGGAUACAGUGGUUCAUCUGCUUACAACUCUCUAUUGAAUAAUAUUGAUGCUGACACGACGUUUUAUCGUAAAAUGUUGAUCGCCAGUGCUCGUGCAUGUGUCUUCUCGAAUCAAAGUUAUGCCAUUUCUUACAAUUAUUCACAAAUCUAUUCCACGUAUCGAGUCAAGUAUAUUGCAAGUAUUACAGAUGUGUUAAAAGUAGUUCCUCCUCAAUUACAAUAUCACAUUCCAAGAAAUAUUACCAUUUUCGAAUUGAGAACGUACAAGGCAAUGGUGACUGAAUCGAUGGCCAUUGGUCUUGCUUUAAACGGUAGCUAUGUAAAAGCCAUGGACUUGAUUGAAAGCAGUAUCUACAAGUAUUAUUUAGAAGGUUAUGAUAUUGAAUAUAAGCCCUUGUUGGAUUAUUAUGAGAAUAAGGAAGUGGAGAGACAAAAUUUUUCAAUUACCAUUACGACCUUGUCACUCAUAGUGAUUUGUGUGUCCAUUGCUGUGGUCAUACCUGUCGUGGUUGCCUCUAUUGCAUUCUCAUUGAAGCGUGACUCCAGUAAUACCAAGAAGAUUAAGCAAAUGAAGGCCAACUUGUUACAAGAUACCAUGAAGGAUCAAACCAUGAGAGAGCUGUUUAGAGCUCAUUGUGCCUCAGAGUUUUCAUUGGAAAACUUUAUGCUUUUGGAUAAGAUUACGGAUUACAAGAAUUACAGUGAGAGAAGCUUCCAAAUUCAGGAAUAUUUGUAUGACAAUGAGAACUCGUCAAAGAAUGAUGAAACUUCUUCCACGAUUACUUCUUCAUCGACUCAACAAGAACCAACCAAGAAGAAAAAAGCAAAGAAAGGUUUCACGGAGAAGGAUUUGCAACAAAUCGAGAAGAAAAAGUUUGAAAUUGCAUUCGAAAUUUAUUCCGAGUUUUUAGAUGUGAAUGGUGAGCAUUCUGUGAAUAUUAACAAACAAACAGCUGAGCCUGUGAAGGAACAGUUGGACUUUUAUGCCACUGGUCAAUCAGAACAUUUGCCAGAUCAACUAUUCGAUGCCAUAUUCGCUGAGAUUUGCAUUCUCAUGUUGGAUUCUCAUCAACGCUUUAUUGCACAGCAAGAAGCAAAUCGAAUUGCAAAGAAAGAAGCAAUGAAGACUAAGAAAUCUAGAAAAAACUCAGUGAGGAUGUAA